AUGAGCCACCAAGCUUCAGUAGACGCCAACAGAAACACCUUCGAUAACAGCUAUGACAAUAUCAUUGCCAUGCAAAUGAUCUCGCAGGUGUUUGCCUCGUCAAUUGUCAAUUUCGACCUUCUGGCGCCUCGCAAGCCUUUCCCAGACACUGAAGAGCCUAUAGACGUGGACCAAGUGAUUGCUGAUUUCCAUAAACUCAAGGGAAUCACUGGAAACUUACUUAAACCAGAUUCCAAAGUGCUUGACUUUGCUUGUGGAACAGGGCUCGUGGCUGAAAGACUCGUCCCAUUCAUGCCAGAUGGACAGUUUGUGGGGAUAGAUAUCACUCCACUGAUGCUUGAAAGCUUUGAUAAACGAGCAGAAACACUUAGCAAAACGUACCCGAACCUCAAAAUCAAAUCCAUCUGUGCUGAUAUCAUGGACAAUUUCGAUAUGACUCCGUUGGAAGGUUUUGCUGAUCUACUCAUUUGCACCUUAUCGUUCCACCACAUCCACGCCUAUGAAAAAGUAGCCGAAGAGCUCAAACGUAUGGUCAAGCCUGGCGGAUGGAUAUUGAUCUACGACUUCUACAAUGAAGAUUUAGAAAACGAAGAAAUCACCAACGAAUUGAAAGCCAGGGGCAUGGCUCGCCACGGCCUCACUUUAGACGAAAUGAACCAGUGCUUGGAGAAAAACUGUGUCAAUGUCAGUAGUGCUCGUGAAUUCCGUGCACAGCUCUGGGUCGAUGAGAAGUUUAUCAACAGCCACUGCAAGGAAGAAGUCAAGCGGGAUAUCCACAAUGCUCCACAGAAAGAUGGGCUUUUCCGUGUCAACUGCAGUGUCAUUUUGGGAAUGGCCCAGAAAAAAUAA